AUGUCUAACUUGGGUCCAGAGCCUCGGAUCAACUCCCGCAAUCUCUCUAAAUUCAUCAACCAGACUGUCCGCUUGACGUGCAAGAUUGUACAGGUGAAGGGGGACAUGGCGACUGUGGAAGCAAGCGAUGGUGGGCAGGUCGGAGUACUGCUUUCAAGAGAUAUGCACAUGGCAGACCCCUUUGUCGAAAUCAUCGGGACGGUCAAGGAGGACAAUACCGUCAAGGCGCUAACGAGUAUCAAUCUGGGGAAGACACUGGAUAUGAAGGCGGUGGAUCAGGUGGUGGAGCUGGCCAACUCGUCCAAGGGGUCCGGGGUCUUCACAUGA